AUGGCUCUUCUCUUAGGUAAUCCAGGCAAAGCGGGUGGAGGUGGUUUAAUCUGUAACCAUCAUGGGGAAUGGGUGUGUGGAUAUUCUAGAGCCAUUGGGCACACCACCAGUGUGGCAGCGGAACUACGGGCAUUGCGGGAUGGCAUUAAUUUGUGUGUUGAGUUAAACUUGUUCAGUGUCUUAAUUGAACUUGAUGCCAAGCUGGUGGUUGAGUUAUUGCAGAAGGAUGAGGGUAGUUUUAAUAGCAAUGAUACUAUUAUGGCUGGUCUGCAAAAGAUCCAGAGAACUAGAGUUCUACACUGCUAUAGAGCGGCCAAUAAAUGUGUUGACACCCUUGCUAGAAGAGGAGCUCUACUUUCCCAUGAUUUUGUAAUUUUCCAUUCCCCCACUAGAGAUGUUUCCCUUUUGCUCAGCCUAGAUGCUGAUGGAACGGUGUAUGAGCGUAAAUGCUCAGUUGUUGAUGUUUUUUAG